UGGCUAUAAUGAGCUUGACUCUUCUCAUCGAUCGAGUCGAGAUAGAGGAAGAUACCUGUGGCUGUCCCAGCCGCUCAAUUCAACGAGCACCAUGACGGCCAGUAUUUGUUGACCUCUUUAGGUUUACCAUCCACCACGACUCCGAGCCAUAACAAAUCUUGAUCACCUUCUGCGUCUUCCGACCACAAGUACAAUCACAUCGUCCCGUCGUGUCGAUGACAACAGCAGUAGCGAUUGCUGUCUGUAUCGUGCCUCACACUUCGCCCUUCCGCCUACUACAUGUAUCUUUCUAUCUUGAAAACCACAACGUCAACAGCAAGACCUUACCUACGAGCCCCGUCUCGUCCCGUCCCUACGACCGUUAUUUGUGCCCCGGAGCUGGUAUUUUCGACAACCACGGAAGACGAACAUCCAAAAGACCAGGAAGAAACAUGGAGGAUACGCACAGAGAGAAGAUGGAACAAUCCAUGUCAACACAUUCGCUGACCAACGGCAAGGAACUGGCAGUCAAGUAUACGAGAAAGAGCAAGUAAACAGACAGGAAAAGGACGAUAGCGCAGAUGAGGGAGCAACUAGCAGCCAAAGAUGGAAGUGAGAACACUUAAAAAGAAGAACCGAGCGACCGAACAGG